GUUAAUAUGCCAUUUUUUAAAAUGAUGUUUUUUCAGACGUACUCAAAUACAAACAGAAUGAAGUCUAAAUGAAGUAGUGUUAUAAAAGAACAGCUUAGUCUCACUUAGCAACAGUGGAGCUGGUCUGUUUACCAAAGGUGUGAAGUCUGACCACUGAUCUCUGCCUGACUGAGUUUUAUUGACUCACACUGACUGUAUACAGGAAGAGUUCACAGAUAGCAGACGGCACAACACUCCUCCGUUCUCUCAGAUCCCUGUCAUCAUGUCUGCGUUGCACAGCCAAGACAAUCCUUCUCAAAGGACUGAUUCUAAAGCUCUGGAGUUGAAGCUCACUUGCCCCGUCUGUCUGCAGCUCUUCUCUGAGCCGGUGUCCCUCCCCUGUGGUCACAUCUACUGCUUCACCUGCCUUCACUCCAUGGGUGAAGGUCUGGACCAUCACAGCUGCCCUGAAUGCCAGGUGUCAUAUCAGCGAACCACAGACCUUGUAAAAAACCUGAGAGUGUGUGCCAUGGUGGAGGCCUACAAAAACUCCACCAGGAAAGACAGCUCUGCUGCACAUCAAUCUGACGUCAGCUCGCAAACUCAGGUUGAAUCCACAGAGCAGCCCAUGUCGCCGCAAGAAAACACCAGCAGCAGAAAAAAACAACUAGAGAUGGAGCAGCCCAAGUUUAACCUGGCCUCGCAAAUCACAGAGUUAAAUCUCAAGUUGGAGAUGGCAGAGGGGGUUCUAAUGAGGGAGGAGGAAAGGGAGAAAGAAGUGAGUGCUGCCAAUGCUCUCCUGAGGGAGACAGCAGCCAAAUUGCUUGGGCAAAUUAAGAAGUUGUCGGAGCAAUACAGUACAAAGCUGAUGCAAAUCAUCGAGGAGGAGCUAAGUCCAGGUGAGGCUGCACUGGCCAGCCGGGUCAGUCGAGUCUCUGACCUGACUAAGCAGCUGAGAAGGGCCAUGCUCAUGGCUGAGUCUCUGUUGACUGAAGAGGAUGAGGCAGCUUUUGGUGACGACCUUCAAAGUCUUCAACCGCAAAUUGAGGAUUUAUUGGCAAAACCUGUGGAUGAUGGCGAAGACUCUGUUGAAUCAAAAGUCUGUCCUGCUCGAGUGUGUUCCAAACUGGAGAGCAUGAAUGCUAUAUUAAGGGAAAAACUUGGCGAUAUUCAGCGCUCACUUCGAAACACCCUCAAUCCUUCAGAAGUGACCUUUGACCCAGAAACAGCCCAUCCCAACCUGGUUCUCUCAGAGGACUUGAAGACUGUGACUUUCUGUGCUACUAAACAGUCCUACCCAGCUUCUCCUCGAAGGUUCACCAACCUCCUCCAGGUCCUCAGCACUCAGAGCUUCUCACAAGGCGAUCAUAGCUGGGACGUAGAGCUUGAAGGAUCUCCAUGGAUCAUUGGUAUAUGUUACAGUGACAACCUGGCACGAAGUGGUCUGUCAUCUGCGCUGGAGAGUAGCCAAACCUCCUGGUGCCUGAUGUGGUUCAACAACCUGUUGACGGCCUUUGAGCGGGGUCACGAUGUCCCACUGAAGAGAACCACCGUAUCAUGCAGGCUAGAGAUAAAACUGAGCUUCAAGACUCACAGGCUGAGCUUUUACAACAUCAGCCCUUUAAGUGGGAAGACUCACAUUUACACAUUUAAGGCCAGUCUGACUGAACCAGUGCACCUGGCCUACAGGAUGAUGUCAGGACACCCAAAAGGACGCGUCACUGUUUAUUCAUAAUCAUAACAACAUUUCAGUUGACCAUAGCUUAGCUGCAUGAAUAUGGCCUGACUUGAAGGCAGUGCUCAGAUCAGUUUCUGUUAAUAGUGUAUUACUAUUACGUAAUAUGGUACAAAUAAUAAUACAAAUAAUAAUAUGCAAAUAAAUGGCAUUUUCCCAUG